AUGCGUAUUUCUCCAUAUGCAAAAAGCAUCAGUGAUGGUGUCACCGGAGAUGUUGACGCCUCAAAUCUGCCAUUGUUGAAAACUGAUAUUCUUUCUUUCUUUCUUUCUUUCUUUCUUUCUUUCUUUCUUUCUUCUUUCCUCUCUACCUCUCUAACUUUCAUUCUUCCCAUUUUCUUUCUUUCAUUUCUCCUUCCGAAAUAUUCACUAACUCUUUUUAUUUUCAUUUCUUCUUUGUUUUCCUUCACCAUUUUGGGUCAUUUCUCUUCGCUUUCGUCCCUUUAUCUUUUCUUUCUUUCUUUCUUUCUUUCUUUCUUUCUUUCCUUUUACUUUUUCCUUUUUAUCUUUUCUUUUCUUUCUUUUUUCUUUUUCUAUUUUCUUUCUCUUUCUUUUUUCCAUUAUUUUUUCUCAUUCUCUCUUUUCUUUUAUCAAUUUCUCCUCCUCCUUUUUAUCAAGACAUUUCACGCCCUUCUUUUUUUCUUUUCUUUUUACUUUAUUUCCUCAUUUCUCCUUCUUUUUUUUUUUCUUCUUCUUCUCCUUUUUAUUUAUUCUCUCAUUCUUUCUUUUUUUUCUCCUUCUCCUUCUUUUCUUUUUCCUUCUUCUUUCCUCCUCCUUCUUCAUCCUCUCAUUCUCCACACGCCCUUCUUUUUCUUCUCCUCUUUCCUCCUCCUUCUUUAUCCUUUCUCAUUCUCCUUCUUUUCUUCUUUUUUCUUUCCUUCUUCUUCUCCUCCUCCUUAUUUAUCCUCCUCUCAUUCUCCCCACGCCCUUCUUUUUUUUUUUCUUCUCCUUCUUCUUCUCCUCUUUCUCCUCCUUCUUCAUCCUCCGCCCUCUCAAUUCUCCUCACGCCCUUCUUUUUCUUCUCCUCUUUUCUCCUCCUUCUUUAUCCUCUCUCAUUCUCCCUUCACGCCCUUCUUCUUUUUUUCUCAUUCUUCGCCCUCCUUCUUCAUCCUUUCUCAUUCUCCUUCUCCUCUUUUCUUUUCUUUCCUUCUUCUUUUCUCCUCCUCAUUCUUCUUUAUCCUCUCUCAUUCUCCUCACACCCUCUCAUUUUCCUCGCCCUUCUUUUCUUCUCCUCUUUCUCCUCCUUCUUCAUCCUCUCAUUCUCCUCACGCCCUUCUUUUCUUCUCCUCUUUCUCCUCCUUCUUUAUCUCUCUUCUCAUUCUUCUUUCUCCUUCUUCUUUUUUUUCUUCCUCUUCUUCUUCUCCUCCUCCUUCUUUAUCCCUCUCAUUCUCCUCACGCCCCCUUCUUUUCCCUUCUUCUCUUUACGCCCUUCUUUUCUUCUCCCUUUUUCUUCUUUAUCUCUCAUUCUCCUCACUUCCUUUUCUUUUCUUUCUCCUCCUUCUUUUCUCCAUUUCUUUUUUCUUCUUUAUCCUCUUCUUCUUCUUCUUCUCCUUCUUUUUUCUUAUUCUCCUCUCUCAUUCUUUUCUUUUUCCUCCUUUCUCCUCCUUCUUUAUCCCUUUCUCCUUCUUUUCAUUCUCUUUAUCCUCUCUCUCACGCCCUUUUCUUCUCCUUUUCUUCUCCUUCUUUUCCUCCUCAUUCUUCUUCAUCCUUUCUUCAUUCCUCCUUCUUUAUCCCUCUUUUUAUUUCUUUUUCUUCUUCUUCCUCCUUCUUCUUCAUCCUUUCUCAUUCUCCUUCUCCUUGUUUUUCUUUUCCUUCUUCUUUCUCCUCCUCCUUCUUUAUCCUCUCUCAUUCUCCUCACGCCCUUCUUUUUUCUCUUCAUCCUUCUUUCUCCUCCUUCUUCAUCCUCCUCCUUCUUCAUCCAUUCUCCUCACGCCCUUCUUUUUUUCUUUUCUCCUCUUUCUCCUCCUUCUUUAUCCUAUCUCAUUCUCCUUCUCCUUCUUUUUUCUUUUCCUUCUUCAUCUUCUCCUCCUUCUUCUUUUCUUAUCCUUCUCUCAUUCUCCUCACGCCCUUCAUUUUUUCUUUUCUUCCUCUUUCUCCUUCUUCUUCAUUCUUUUCAUUCUCCCCUUUUCCUCCUUCUUCUUUUCUUUCCUUCUUUUUCUUUUCUCCUUCCUCCUUCUUUAUCCUCUCUCAUUCUCCUCACGCCCUUCUUUUUCUUCUCCUCUUUCUCCUCCUUCUUCAUCUCUCUCUCAUUCUCCUCACGCCCUUCUUUUUUUUCUUUCUCCUCCUCCUCUUUCUCCUCCUUCUUUAUCCUUCUUUUAUCCUCUCUCAUUCAUUCUCCUCCUCCUCCUUCUUUUUUCAUUUUCCUUCUUCUUCUCUUUCUCCUCCUUCUUUAUCCUCUCUCAUUUCUCCUCACGCCCUUCUUUUUCUUCUUCUUUCUCCUCUUCUUCAUCCCUUUUAUCCUCUCUUUUGUUUUCCUUUUCUCCUUCUUCAUCCGCCCUUCUUUUUUUUCUUCUCCUUCUCUUCUUCCUCCUUCUUCCUCUCUUUCUCCUUCUCCUUCUUUUCACGCCCUUCUUUUUUCCUUCUUCUUCUCCUUCUCCUCCUUCUUCUUCUCCUCCUUCUUCAUCGUCUUCUCCACCUCCGCCCUUCCUUCUUCUUUUUUCUUCUUCAUCCUUUCUCUCUCCUUCUCCUUCUUUUUUUUCUUCUCUCUCAUUCUCCCUCUCAUUCUCCUCCGCCCUUCUUUUCUUUUCUUUCUCUCCUUCUUCAUUUCUCCUCACGCCCUCUUUUUUUUUAUCCUCUCUUCAUUCUCCUUCUCCAUUUUUUUUUCCUUCUUCUUCUCCUCCUCCUUCUUUAUCCUCUCUCAUUCUCCUCACGCCCUUCUUUUCUUUUUUCUUCUCCUCUUCUUUUUCUCCUCCUUUUCUCCUUCUUUAUCCUCUCUCAUUCUCCUUCUCCUUCUUUUUCUCCUUCUUCUUCUCCUCCUCCUUCUUUUUCUUCAUUCUCUUCUUUUUUUUCUCCUCUUUUUCCUUUCUUUAUCCUCCUCUCCUCACGCCCUUCUUUUUUUUCUUCUCCUUCUUCCUUCUUUUUUCUUUUCUCCUUUCUUUUUCUUCCUUCUUCUCCUCCUCCUUCUUUAUCCUCUCUCAUUCUCCUCACGCCCUUCUUUUUCUUCUCCUCUUUCUCCUCCUUCUUUAUCCUCUCUCAUUCUCCUCACGCCCUUCUUUUUCUUCUCCUCUUUCUCCUCCUUCUUCAUCCUCUCUCAUUCUCCUUCUCCUUCUUUUUCUUUCCUUCUUCUUCUCCUCCUCCUUCCUUUAUUUCCUCCUUCUUUUUCUCUCAUUCUCCUCACGCCCUUCUUUUUUUUCUUCUCCUUCUUUCUCUUAUUCUCCUCCUUCUUUUUCUUUCCUUCUUCUUCUCCUCCUCCUUCUUUAUCCUCUCUCAUUCUCCUCACGCCCUUCUUUUUCUUCUCCUCUUUCUCCUCCUUCUUCAUCCUUUCUCAUUCUCCUUCUCCUUCUUUUUCUUUCCUUCUUCUUCUCCUCCUCCUUCUUUAUCCUCUCUCAUUCUCCUCACGCCCUUCUUUUUCUUCUCCUCUUUCUCUUACUUCUUUAUCCUCUCUCAUUCUCCUCACGCCCUUCUUUUUCUUCUUCUCUUUCUCCUUCUUCUUCAUCCUUUCUCAUUCUCCUUCUCCUUCUUUUUCUUUCCUUCUUCUUCUCCUCCUCCUUCUUUAUCCUCUCUCAUUCUCCUCAUGCCCUUCUUUUUUCUUCUCCUCUUUCUCCUCCUUUUCCUUCAUCCUCUCUCAUUCUCCUCACCUUCUUCAUCCCUUCAUUUUUCUUCUUUCCUCUUUUCUCCUCCUCCUUCUUUAUCCUCUCUCAUUCUCCUCACGCCCUUCUUUUUCUUCUCCUCUUUCUCCUCCUUCUUCAUCGAUUUUCAUUCUCUCCCUGCUUCUUUUUCUUUCCUUCUUCUCCUCCUCCUCCUUCUUCAUCCUUUCUCAUUCUCCUCACGCUCUUCUUUUUCUUCUCCUCUUUCUCCUCCUUCUUCAUUCCUUUCUCAUUCACCGCUUACCCUUUUCUUUAUUCUUUUCUUUUCUCCUACUCUUUUUCCUCCAUACCUCUCCACUCUUUCUUUAUUCGUUUUUCUCUUCCUCCUUCUUCAUUUCUUUCUCUUCCUCCUUUUCCCCUCUUUCAUUAUUCUGUUCUUUUUUCUCCUCUUUCUUCAUCCUUUCUCAUUCUCUUCCACUUUUCUUUAUUCUUAUCUUUUGUCUUCUUCUUUCUCCCCUUUCUUCAUUCCUUUCUCAUUUUCCUCUCCCAUCUUUAUUCUUUUCUUUUCUCCUCCUCUUUUUCCUUCUUCUUCAUCCUUUUCUCAUUCUUCUGCAAGAUGAAGGCCUGCCUAGCUAUCUAUCUUAGUCUAUUCAUAUCUAUCUAUCUAUCUAUCUAUCUAUCUAUCUAUCUAUCUAUCUAUCACAAUAUGUUCUUAUCUAUCUCCAUAUCUAAUGCAAUCAUAUCUAUAUAUCUGAAUUUUUGA